UUACUUCUCCUCCCUACUCACCACAUCAAACACACACACUUAUAUGUAUAUAAUACACAUAUAUACAGAGAGAGAGAGUCCCCAUGCACCGUUCUUAUAACCAAUCAUCUUACUUCAACAAAAACACAACAAUUGUCUUAAAUUCUCCUUUCGUUUCCAACACUAGUCUCAUCACUACUACCACAAGAAGCUUCAUUCAUUACUACUAGCCACCACAAGAACUCGAGGAAGCUUCUUCAUUCACAAGUAGUUUCACAAUCACAGAUCUCUUGUUUCCCAAAUAAGAAGAAGAAAACAAAAAAAAAUGCAACAAAACUCUCUUCUUCUUGCUCUGUUCCUCCUCUGUUUCUCACUCCGGUCCGGUUCGGGUCAAAGUGACGAUCUUCGAACUCUUCUGGAACUCAAGAACUCUUUCGUCACAAACCCAAAAGACGAAACCAUUCUCCGAACUUGGAAUGCAGAUGAUCCCAAUUUCUGCAACUGGACCGGGGUCACAUGCGGUGGUCGUGUAAUCAUCGGUUUAAAUCUCUCCAGUUUAGGCUUAACCGGGUCAAUUUCUCCAUCGAUUGGCCGGUUUAGUAACCUAACCCACAUCGAUCUGUCUUCGAACCGUCUCGUUGGUCCCAUCCCAACGACUCUCUCCAACCUCUCCGCUUCGUUGGAAACGUUACAUCUCUUCUCUAACCAACUCAGCGGCGAGAUACCGAGUCAGCUCGGCUCGCUCGUGAAUCUCAAGUCGUUAAAACUCGGAGACAACGAACUCAACGGUUCGAUCCCGGAGACGUUUGGGAACCUCGUCAGUCUCCGGAUGCUUGCGUUAGCCUCGUGUAAACUCACCGGUACAAUACCGAGUCAGCUGGGAAGACUCGUUCAGCUCCAGGCUUUGAUUUUACAAGACAACGAGCUCGAAGGUCCGAUUCCGCCGGAGAUUGGUAACUGCACCAGCCUCGUUUUAAUUACCGCGGCGGUGAAUCGUCUCAACGGAUCGUUACCGGCGGAGCUGAGUCGACUCGCGAACCUCCAGACGCUCAAUUUGGGAAAAAACAGUUUCUCCGGUGAGUUACCGAGUCAACUCGGUGAUUUGGUUAGUCUCACUUACCUUAACUUGAUUGGUAACAAGCUCCAAGGUUUGAUUCCGCAGAGAUUAACAGAGUUGGUUAAUCUUCAAACGCUUGAUCUGUCUUCGAACAAUCUCACCGGAGAGCUACAUGAAGAGUUCUGGAAAAUGGAUCAGCUCGUGUCCUUGGUUCUAUCGAAUAAUCGUCUCUCUGGUUCAUUACCAAAGACUAUAUGUUCUAACAACACAAGCUUGAAGCAACUGGCUCUGUCUGAAACUCAACUCUCCGGCGAAAUCCCGGCGGAAAUCGGGAAAUGUCAGUCGUUAGAAGCGCUUGAUCUGUCUAACAAUACCUUCACAGGCCGUAUCCCAGAUUCGUUGUUUCACCUCGUCGAACUCACGAAUCUUUAUCUUAACAACAAUACCUUGGAAGGUACGUUAUCUCCAUCAAUAUCUAACCUAACGAAACUACAAGAAUUUACUCUGUAUCGCAAUAACUUGGAAGGCAAGUUACCGAAGGAAAUAGGAUUGCUAGGCAAACUGGAGAUUCUCUAUAUAUAUGAUAACCGGUUCUCGGGUGAAAUGCCGAUAGAGAUUGGGAAUUGCACGAAGCUGAAGGCGAUUGAUUGGUAUGGUAAUCGAAUCAGUGGAGAGAUUCCUUCUUCAAUAGGAAGAUUGAAAGAGCUUACUCUGCUUCACUUGAGAGAGAACGAGCUUGUUGGUAACAUUCCAGCCACUUUAGGUAACUGUGACAAACUGACGAUCUUGGAUUUAGCUGAUAACAAGCUCUCGGGUUCGGUACCUUCCUCGUUAGGGUUCUUAACCGCGUUAGAACAGUUACUGAUUUACAACAAUUCUCUUCAAGGAAACCUUCCGAGUUCACUUGUCAACCUCAAGAACCUCACAAGAAUCAAUAUUUCCAGCAACAAGUUCAAUGGUUCGAUCAGCCCGUUGUGUGGUUCAAGCUCUUAUCUUUCAUUUGAUGUCACGGAGAACAGAUUCGAGGGAGAGAUACCACUUGAGCUAGGGAAGUCUCCUAAUCUUGAUCGGUUAAGGUUAGGGAAGAAUCAGUUCACAGGAAGAAUCCCUUGGACGUUUGGGAAGAUCCGGGAGCUGUCUUUAUUGGAUAUUUCAAGCAAUUCUAUAACGGGAAUCAUACCGUUAGAGCUAGGUUUGUGUAAGAAGCUGACACAUAUUGAUCUCAACGGUAACUUUCUUUCAGGGAUUAUACCUCCGUGGCUUGGAAAGCUUCCAUUGUUGGGAGAACUCAAGCUUUCUUCUAAUCAGUUCAUUGGUUCUCUCCCUACUGAGCUGUUCGACUUAACAAAGCUUCUUGUGUUAUCUCUUGAUGGCAAUUCACUUAACGGCUCGAUACCGCAAGAGAUUGGAAACUUGGAAGCUCUUAAUGCACUUAACCUCGAAAAGAAUCAGAUUUCAGGUCAUCUUCCUUCAUCAAUAGGCAAGCUGAGCAAGCUUUACGAGCUUAGGUUAUCAAGAAACGCCUUGACCGGAGACAUCCCAGUUGAGAUAGGACAGCUACAAGAUCUUCAAAGUGCUUUAGACCUCAGCUAUAACAACUUUACCGGACAUAUUCCGUCCAUGGUGUCGACGUUACAUAAGCUUGAAUCCCUUGAUCUGUCUCACAACCAGCUUGUAGGAGAAGUUCCUGGCCAAAUCGGAGAAAUGAAAAGCUUAGGAUAUCUCAACCUCUCUUACAACAACCUCGAGGGGAAGUUAAAGAAACAGUUCUCUAGAUGGCAAGCUGAUGCAUUUGUAGGCAAUGCAGGUCUUUGUGGAAGCCCUCUAAGUCAUUGCAACAGAGCUGGAUCAAACAAGAAUCAACGAAGUUUUAGUCCCAAAACCGUGGUUUUCAUCUCAGCGAUAUCAUCAUUAGUAGCGAUUGCUUUGAUGGUACUUGUAAUCUUCCUUUUCUUCAAGCAAAGUCAUGACGUUUUCAAGAAAAGGCGAGGAGGGAACAGCGCAGUCUCAUCAGACUCUUCUUCUUCUUCACAAGCUCCUCUCUUUAGAAACGGAGGUGCAAAGUCAGAUAUAAAGUGGGAAGAGAUUAUGGAAGCUACACGUUACCUUAACGACGAGUACAUGAUUGGAUCCGGAGGGUCAGGAAAAGUUUACAAAGCGGAGUUGAAGAACGGAGAGACGAUUGCUGUGAAGAAGAUUCUUUGGAAAGAUGAUUUGAUGUCAAACAAGAGCUUUAACAGAGAAGUUAAGACACUUGGAAGAAUCAGACAUAGACAUUUAGUGAAGCUAAUGGGUUACUGCAGCAGCAAAGCUGAAGGCUUGAAUUUGUUGAUUUAUGAGUAUAUGGAGAACGGAAGCGUUUGGGAUUGGAUUCACACGAAGAAGAAGGAGUGUCUUGGUUGGGAGACAAGAUUGAAGAUAGCAGUUGGGUUGGCUCAAGGAGUUGAGUAUCUUCAUCAUGAUUGUGUUCCUCCGAUUGUGCACCGCGAUAUUAAAUCGAGUAAUGUGCUUCUUGAUUCCAACAUGGAAGCACAUUUAGGAGAUUUCGGACUUGCCAAGAUCUUAAGUGAAAAUUAUGACACCAACACAGAAUCAAACACUAUGUUUGCAGGCUCUUAUGGCUACAUUGCGCCAGAGUAUGCUUACACGUUGAAGGCGACUGAGAAGAGCGAUGUUUACAGUAUGGGGAUAGUGUUGAUGGAGAUUGUGACUGGUAAAAUGCCAACGGAGAAAAUGUUUGAUGAAGAGACGGAUAUGGUUAGAUGGGUACAGACUGUUCUUGAUACCCCGCCGGGUUCUUCAGCGAGAGAGAAGCUGAUUGAUUCAGAGCUCAAACUGCUCUUACCCCGCGAAGAAGAAGCAGCUUACCAAGUUCUUGAAAUAGCGAUUCAGUGCACAAAGACUUAUCCGCAGGAGAGACCAUCUUCAAGACAAGCUAGUGACUACCUUCUUAAUGUCUUCAACAAUAGAGCUUCCAGUUACAGGGAGGUUCGAACUGAUGAUACCUAUAAAUGAUUUUGGAGACGUGAAGCUUAAGUGAACUCGAAAUAUUUCUUCUUUUUGACAACUCUGUUUUGCUUUGACAGUAGAUUGCUACAUCAUUUGCGUAGUAGCAGUCAUAUCAGUU